GCAAAUCAUCAGCGUGGCUCAGUCACGUGUCCGAGGUCGUCCGCUACCCAGGCGCAGAAAUGUCCUUAGAUAUGAAGGCGUCGAAGGAAGGGGAGCCAGCACUGCGCCACGUGGAACUGGAUGUGCUCAUCCCGAAGCUAAUGAGAGAGAAGGCCAGGGAACGCUGUGCGGAUAAGGUGGAAGCCUUUACCCACUGCUGUAAGGAGAGUGGUUUCCUGAUGGUGGUUAAGUGUCAGGAGCAGAACGCAGCGCUCAAGGAGUGCCUGUCUAUGCACUACAAGGAUCCCGAAUUUCAAGAAGAGUGCAAACAGCAAUAUGUUAAAGAGAAGGAGGAGUAUGAGAAGACUGGCAUCCCAGCAAAGAACAGGAAACAGAAACUGCCCACCAGCAUGUAGUGCCAGGAGGCGGGGUCACCCACGGGAACGCCACCCCUCCCUGUCCCGCUCUGAGAUGGAGAGUGGUCGCCUGUACUCGCUGAGGUUUUGGAGUGAGGAGACUAUACUGCACUGGAAAAGCUUUUCCUUUGGCUCGGGAGGCCCCUCUCAGCUCCGUGCCAGUUUGUACACUGUCUGUCUGUUUUCAUGAAAGGAGAAUAUUAUUGUCACUCGAUUAUUGUACCUAAAAUAAAAGGGGAUAUAGCUUAAAAAAUGGUAUCUUCCGAUGUUGCUGGGCUACGCAAUCUUUGUCAUCUCUGAAUGACCAUGAUCAGUCCGUUUCUUUUCUGCACCUGGUUUGCCUUUUGUGUUUAGUGUAAUUGUAAAAUAAAGACACUUUCAUUAAA